GUUAAACCAGUAGUUCAAGCGUAAAGCGGUACGACGGUUAUCGACUGAUGUUAAGUGUCUUAUUUAUUAUUAUGUGUCUGCAAACAGUAGAAAAUAAUGGAAUGUUUAAAGAUUGCAUUUAUUUUGCUGUUGCUGUUGCCAGCUAAAUGUGACUCAUGUCCUGGUCGAUGCCAGUGCUGCCUGAAUGACAUAUGCGGGGUUUACUUUGGCUAUGACCAGGCGUGUAAGGAUGGCUGCAAAGAUGGAUAUCAUCAGGCCCGCUGCAUGUGGCUCUGCUCAGAACACUGUCAGUCUUGUAACCAAAUGGACGGUUUUUGUCUAAUAUGUAAGCCAGGAUUUUACGCACCAUCUAACGAGUGUUCAAAUGCCUGUGAAUACAGAAACUGCGCGUGUGCUCAAACCGAUUGUGAUUAUUGCCUUGAUGGAUUUUACGAUGUAAGCCAACAUUGCAAUUCGGCUUGUUCAAAAGGAUGCAUUGAUGAAAAAUGCAAUGAUACUGGCUCAUGCUACUGUGUGGAACAUUUUAAAGGAAAUAAAUGUGACAUGUGUGUACUAGGAAAAUACGGAGAACUUUGCAAUGAUGAUUGUAUCAACGAUAAUUGUGGAUGCACAAAUUCAACCAAUUGUAUUUCCUGUAAGGCUGGUUAUUUUGACUUCUCUUCUUUUUGUUCAAAAUCGUGUUCCGUAGGCUGUAAGAACAUUUGCAACAAUGAAGGUCACUGUUCAUGCCAUUCGCAAUUUACCGGAAGCAACUGUGAGAAUUGUAUACCUGGAUAUUACGGCGACAACUGCACCACUCCAUGUACAAAUGGUUGCAUCAAUGGAGCGUGCAAUAGAGACGGGACUUGCGACUGUUUAUCCAAUUUCACCGGUGCAAGGUGCGAAACCUGUGUUGUAGGACAUUAUGGUGAUUCCUGUGAUAAACCAUGCGGGCUAGGUUGUACAGGAAACAUCUGUAACAAAGACGAUGGCAUAUGCAUUUGUAAAUACAACUACAAAGGUGCAAUAUGUGAUAUUUGUAACGACGGCUAUUUUGGAAUUUAUUGCAACUCAUUUUGUCCGGAUCGAUGCUAUAAUUGCUCUUCAAUUGAAAACUGUUUAGCGUGUAAAGAAGGUUUUUUUGGUUUAGGCUGCACACACCAAUGCUCGGCUAAUUGUUUAGGAUCACAUUGUGAUAAAUGCUGUGGCCUCUGUACAGAUGGUUGUAUGGAUGGAUUUACAGCCGCCGCUUGCAAUGACAAAUGUAAUAGCAUUUGUAAAGCAUGUUCUCAGACUAAUUCUACACACUGUUUAUCAUGUUUCGGUGGAUAUAGCGGACCUUCUUGUAAAUGUCUACCAAACUGUCAAUGUGAAUUAAACAGUGAAGCAUGCAAUGGGUGUUCUAAUGGUUUCGAAAUCGAAAGCAAAUACUGCAAAUGUAACAAAAAAUACUGUGUUGACUACUUGAACUGCCGAUCAUGCCUCAAUGACUCGUUUUAUACAUAUAAUGGUACAUGCUGUGAGUGUAGCACAAAUUGCAGAAAUGGACAGUGCGUGUCAGAAGACCAGUGUUUAAAUGGUUGUGAGGACGGAUAUACCGGCGCAGACUGUGCAGAUUUAUGUAUAGAUUACGAUGUGAAUUGUAUAAAAUGUAGUCAGGUUGAGCAGUUCUGUGUUAUUUGUGAAAGCGGGUUCUCACCAAACACAGAAAGUGUAUGUGCAAGACAAUGCAGUGAUACAUGUUUUAACAAAGAAUGUGAUGCUAAAACAGGCAAGUGUCUUCAAGGUUGCGAUGAGCAGUACUGGGGUCAUAACUGCGACAAUUCAUGCCAUCCUUCUUGCACAUCAUGUCUACAGGAGAAUGGAACAUGUACACAGUGUGUAAACAACUCUUUAAUCAGCGUUGGGAAUUACUGUGCAAUACAAUGUAGUGAAACCUGUGUCAACAAAAUAUGUGAUGCUAAAUCAGGUCGGUGCCUCCAAGGUUGUAUUCGCAACUAUUACGCCGACAAAUGCGAUUUAGUUUGCCCAUCGACAUGCGCAUCCGUACCAAACAUAACAAGAUGUGACAAUUAUGGUAGAUGUCUACAUGGAUGCAUUGAAGGAUACAAAGGGGUCACCUGUAACAAUGCCACAACUGCGAAUACAGGCAAUUUAUAUGCUGGUGGGAUAAUCGGAGGAGCUGUAGGUGGUGCAAGCACGAUUAUCUUUGUGAUUAUUGGAAUUGUUCUGUGCAUACAAAGGAGAAAACUAAAAGAGAAACAAUCUGAAAGUGGAAGCCAGCUUCAAAUUCGUGACCCUAAUCCGUUUAUAAUAGAAGAGCAAGAAAGGCACUAUCAACAAUUGAGCGAUCGACACAAUACAACGGCUGGAGUACAAGAGGACACGUACACUGAACUUCAAACAAACAACACGGAAUACGAACGUGUGGAUAUCUAAAUGUGACAAAACUUCCUGUUUCUACCUUUAAGUUCAUGGUCAUGUGUAUUAUUUGAUUUGUUAUGCUUCUUGUGUAUGAACUGGGUACUAAAAUUUGUAAUAACAUGUUCUUACAGUUGACUGUUUUUAUCCAAAGCGCAGACGCAUCUUCAAUUUGUGUCUAUGCGAAGCAUUGUCUUUUAUAGUGUGCAAAGUUAAAGUUAUUUAAAUGAUAAAUGCCCACCAUGGGCGUAGCCUUAUUAUCACCAAGGACAACGAAAUACAUACACAAGACUGCAGACUACAUACAACUCAAUGCAAAUAAAAGAAAUAUAUCAAAUAUCAGCUAAAAUCCUUCGACGUAGGAAUUCUUAUUCGUCGUUUUAACUAUAAUUCCUUUCAGCUUGAACUAUGAAAUACAUCCAAAAGACAUGCACAAUCAGUGUAACAUCCUUUAAUCGACUCCAACGACAACAAACACAGGCCUCAAACUCAAUUUAAAUUUCAUAGUUUCUUGAUAUUAAUCGUAUUAAUCUGCAGAAGCCAGUGAGAUCUAAUAGAGGUUGCCAAUAUUACUAAAAUAUUCUGCAAUUAAACAUUAAGCAUUUAGUUCUCAUCAUAAAUUAAUAAAAAAACUAAAUAAUAAUUUAAACAACAUUGGUAUUGGUUCCUAAUGUAUUAAUUAAUUAAAAUACGGGAUAUAAAAAGUUAACGUCUCGAUUCAAAAUAAAUUCAAACAUUUGAAAUCAAUUUGUUUUCAAGAAGGUGUUUUUUUAAAUCAUAGGAUCCGAUUUCAAAUAAGUCUAGCAUGGCCGUAUGGCUUUAUAUCAUUGGUAUUAGAUCAUACAGAUCAUAUAGAUAUAGUCUUCAACUAUAGUCAUCAUUUAUAAUCAAUGUCAUACAGAUCAUAUAGAUAUAGUCUUCAACUAUAUUCAUCAUUUAUAGUCAAUGUCAUACAGAUCAUAUAGAUAUAGUCUUCAACUAUAAUCAUCAUUUAUGGUCAAUGUUAAAACAAGUUUAUCCCUCUGCUUUUUAAUGUUGAA